AGACGGGGCGCUGGAGCAGCCGUGGUGUUGAGCAGGUAUGAGGUGCGGGUUAGGGUGGGAGGCAGGGAGGCGGGCAGGUAGAGACUAGCGGAGACGCAUGGGCCCUGCUAAUGCGAGGCAUGAGGUCAAACGGCCUGGUCAUAGGUAGGAAAGGAUGAAGACAAGCUAUGGGGAUAGUGGGGAGCCACGGUAGGUAUAGGAGUAGGGCUGUGUCCUCAGGUGGUAGACCAGGUCCAGCAGGGGCCUUCCAAAAUGCCACAGCCCCCAGGAGUAGUAGGGACACAUGGGGCCAGGGGAGUGCCCUUCCUUGGGGGUAAAUGACCUGUGGGUGGGGAAAAGGGCAGUGAUGGCGCUGUUUUAUUGUUUCUUCCCACCAGGCCGGCUCGCAGGGGCUGCCCCUGUGCCCAUGAUGGGGAUGGGGAUGCCAAGGCCCAGUGGGAUUCCCCAGGCCCAGAAUGCCAGCAGGGAUGGCUGUCCUUGUCCCAUGCUCCAGGUGAGGAGAUGAAGGCAGGGGUCAGGGUCCUGCUUUUGAAGGACAGGGCGGGGGUGGGUGUUUAUUUUAGAAAGGAAAAACAGACAAAGAAUAAUAAGCCUGGGAUGAAAGGGGUCCAGGGGUCAGGGGCUCUGGGCCUUAGGCUUUUGGACAGCCCCGCUGGCUCCAGCCUUGGCCUGAGUUCUAAGGUGGCCUGGGAAUCCAAGGGGCACAGGAGAUAAGAUCAGGCGGGCCUGUGGGGCAGGGCGUACCCUGCUCCCUGCGCAGCCCGGCUCUCCGUCCUUUCAGGGGAUAACAUGUCUAUCCCCACAGUCCAGGGGCCAGGGCCAGUGUCUGCUUCUUUGUGCCCUGUCAUGCCUUAGCUUUGCUGUGGCCACGUGCUCCCCAGGUCCUUCAUCAGACUCCCCUGCAGCCCCUCACGCUGCCCAGAGGCACCAUGGCCAUCACGCCCUGAGUGCGCCUCAGCUGCAGGAGGUGCCCCCAGCACUCUGAUCCCACGGCCCCUUCUAUGUGCUAGGCUCUGCAUGGGCACUGGUACUUGGUGGAGAUAGCCCUCCCCCUGCCUUCAGUAGCCUGUGUUACGGAGGGGACAGGGAUUCCCCAGUCCCUCCCAGGGAGCACAGUACCUCUGUGUCACACACCCAGGCAGUCCCUGCAAUUGCUGUCCGGUGCCCCAGUGACUGUUCUGUUUUCGCCCUUCUCCCGGCACCUCCCACAGGCUGCCCCGUGAAUGCUGGGGCUCCCCAAGCCUGGGUCUUGGGGCCUUUCCAGUCUCUGCACAUUCCCAGGUCACCUGGCACUUGGAGGCACAAGUGCCUUCCAUACUGCUGGCACCAACUGGAUUUCAGUUCUUGGAGCUGGUAGCAGAGCCUGCAGGCUAAGGGCUCAGUCCCAUGAGACCGCCCCCCACUCCAGGCACCUGCCACAAGUCUCUGGCCACUGGCUAUCAAUCAGGUGUUCCCACGGCUCCCUCCUAGGUUUGCUCGAAUGGCUUACAGCACUCAGGACAACACUUCAGCCGCCAAACAGGAGGUAGAUGCUGAAGGCAGGGUGUGGGGAAUGGCACUGGGUGCCCAUGCCCUUCUCCAGGUGUGCCCCCCUCCCACAUUUCCUGUGUUCGCUCAACCUGUGUGGUUUCGGGGUUUUUAUGGAGGUUCCAUUACAUAGGUGUGAUGAAAUCACCAGCCUUUGGCUGUUGUACUCCAUCUCUAGCCAGAAACUAGGGACAAGACCCAAAUACUUAUUACACAAUAUUCCCUGUCCCCAGCCUUGAGGGCCGGCCCUGGUCCCCAGACUGCUGCUCCCCCCAUCCCACCUGGCCACCUUUUCACCUGCCCCUGAACCCAUUCCCCUCAGGUUUUUGCAUGGGCAGUUCUUCAUGUAUCUUGAUAAAAGAUGUGUCAUGUCUCAAGACCCCUUCCAGCAACCACCUCUCCUAGGCAGCCUGCCCUGCCAGACCAACUUCCAGGUUGCCUCUGGCUUGGGGUGCCCCAGUCUACUUCCGGCUCCCCCACACUGGAGUCCCUUGAGGUUGAAGCUUGGAGCCCCCAACCCCCAAGGCCAGGCCCAUGUUUCCUGCGAGUGUUCCCAACUAUCCACCUUUUGGGUCAGCUCCAGUGGUGGAAACUUUCCAGCCGGAGGAGGCCGGUUGUUUUGGAAAGUUCCUGGGGGAGCCGCCCCCGCCCUCCCCGCUGGGUUCCCACGCUCCCUUAUCACUGGGUGCUAGGGGGGCGCAGUGCUGUGCAUGCCUUGCUCCUCCCCAGCUGAUCUCCUUGGUCCUGUCCCCUCCUCCCUUCCCCUCCUCUCCUCAGGGAACACUGGCCCCUCCAGCCUGGCUCUGCCAAGCCCUCCUGCUACAGCUCUCCGCGAUGGAGGCCACAGCCAAUUUCGUGGUCGAGAGCCCCGACGUGGUCUACGGCCCCGAUACCAUCGAGGCUCAGUACGAGUACCGGACAGCGUGUGUCAGCCGCGAGGGCAGCGUCCUCAAGGUAUACCCCACGUCCACGCGCUUCACCUUUCGGACCGCUCGACAGGUGCCCCGGCUUGGGGUCAUGCUCGUCGGCUGGGGCGGGAACAACGGCUCCACGCUCACCGCCGCGGUGCUGGCCAACCGACUGCGCCUCUCCUGGCCCACGCGCACUGGCCGCAAGGAGGCCAACUACUACGGCUCGCUGACGCAGGCGGGCACCGUUAGCCUGGGCUUGGACGCCGAGGGCCAGGAGGUGUUCGUGCCCUUCAGCUCACUGCUGCCCAUGGUGGCACCCGACGACCUCGUGUUCGACGGCUGGGACAUAUCAUCGCUGAACUUGGCUGAAGCAAUGCGGCGCGCGCAGGUACUGGAUUGGGGGCUGCAGGAGCAACUGUGGCCGCACCUGGAGGCGCUGCGCCCGCGGCCCUCUGUCUACAUCCCCGAGUUCAUCGCAGCUAACCAGAGUGUGCGCGCUGACAACCUCAUACUGGGCACGCGCGCACAGCAGCUGGAGCAGAUCCGUAGGGACAUCCGUGACUUCCGGUCCAGCGCUGGGCUAGACAAGGUCAUCGUGCUGUGGACAGCGAAUACUGAGCGCUUCUGCGAAGUGGUCCCGGGCCUCAAUGACACCGCUGAGAACCUGCUGCGGACCAUCCAGCUGGGCCUGGAGGUGUCGCCCUCCACUCUCUUCGCUGUGGCCAGCAUCUUGGAGGGCUGCGCCUUCCUCAAUGGGUCCCCACAGAACACACUGGUGCCCGGGGCACUUGAGCUCGCCCGGCAACGACGUGUCUUCGUGGGUGGUGAUGACUUCAAGUCAGGCCAGACCAAGGUCAAGUCCGUGCUUGUGGACUUCCUCAUUGGCUCUGGCCUCAAGACCAUGUCCAUCGUGAGCUACAACCACCUGGGCAACAACGAUGGGCAGAACCUGUCGGCGCCGCCACAGUUCCGCUCCAAGGAGGUGUCCAAGAGCAGCGUGGUGGACGACAUGGUGCAGAGCAACCCAGUGCUCUACAGGCCCGGCGAGGAGCCUGACCACUGCGUGGUCAUCAAGUACGUGCCAUACGUUGGCGACAGCAAGCGCGCGCUGGACGAGUACACCUCGGAGCUGAUGCUGGGCGGCACUAACACGCUGGUGCUGCACAACACGUGCGAGGACUCCCUCCUGGCUGCGCCCAUCAUGCUGGACCUGGUGCUGCUGACCGAGCUGUGCCAGCGUGUGAGCUUCUGCACGGACGCCGACCCAGAGCCACAGGGCUUCCACUCAGUGCUGUCGCUGCUCAGCUUCCUGUUCAAGGCGCCGCUGGUGCCUCCGGGCAGCCCGGUGGUGAACGCGCUCUUCCGCCAGCGCAGCUGCAUCGAGAAUAUCCUCAGGGCCUGUGUGGGGCUCCCGCCGCAGAACCACAUGCUUCUGGAGCACAAGAUGGAGCGCCCCGGGCUCAAGCGAGUGGGGCCUGUGGUAGCCACCUGCCCUGUGCCUUGCAAGAGAGGAGCGGCACCCACUGCCCCCAAUGGCUGUACGGGUGAUGCCAAUGGGCUCUCACAGGCUGACGCACCCCAGAUGCCCACCACUUAAGGCCAUGGCCAUCCUCCCCCAAAACUCUUGCCCCACUGCCCCCUCAGGACCCAACCCUUCCAAGACCCCUGAAGACAAUAAAGCCAGUGCCACUCUCA